AUGCUUAAGCUAUGCUCAAUUUGUUACAGGAUUUGGGGACGCCCUUUUGGGACCAUGUCUCGCUUGAUUCGAAAAGUAAGCUUUCAAUCACCUGUCAUCCGACAUGUACGGUCUGUGGGAAGUGCCCCGCCUACCAAGAAAUAUACUCCAAGGCGGGCUUUGAUGUACGUGCCAGGCAAUGACGAACGAAAAGUGGCCAAGAUUCCCAAGCUAGGGGCGGACUGCAUCUGUUUAGAUUGCGAAGAUGGCGUGUCGAUCAACAAAAAGCUUGAGGCGCGCACAAAUAUUCGCCGAAUCCUGGACGAAAGAAGUGUCGAUUUUGGCCAAUCCGAAUGUUCCGUCAGGGUCAAUUCUGUUGAAAGUGGCCUUUGCGAAGAAGACCUUAAGGCAGUGUUAGGUGGGAAUAACCUACCCAUGGCCUUGCAUCUUCCGAAAGUGGAUGAGCCCGAUCAAUUGAUCUGGUUCGCAGAGAAAUUGAACGAAUUUUUGUUACAUCAAGGAAAAGCCGUCAGUCCGAUUGGGCUCAUCAUUUUCAUCGAAUCAGCCCGAGCCUUAAUGCGAUUACCAGAAAUCUGCGAGCAAGCCUCGUUACUUCGGACGAUGUGUCCCAUCAUUCCUGAAGCGUUAGUGUUUGGCAGUGACGAUUUUGUGGCAGAUAUAGGAGCCACUCGCACACCCGAGGCCCGUGAGCUUCUGUACGCGCGCCAAAAAUUGGUGACCGUGGCCAAAGCCUUUCAAUUGCAAGCUAUCGAUUUAGUACACAUCGAUUAUAAAGAUCUGGAGGGGCUUAAGGUUCAAUCUGCAGAGGGAGCGCGAAUGGGUUUCACGGGUAAACAGGUAAUUCAUCCGGGUCAGGUGUCCGUGGUACAAGCCGCUUUUGCUCCGAGUCAAGAUCGGAUCGAGUGGGCCACUCAGUUGAUCAAAGAGUUUCGGGAACAUGAAGCCAAUGGCCACGGGGCUUUUACGUUUCGUGGAAGCAUGAUCGAUAUGCCUUUGGUGAAACAAGCUCAAAAUAUUGUUGAUAUGAAAGAUAAGUUGUGAUCAACUGAUAAAUUAUGAUGACAAUACAUCCAGUUGAUUAUUUUCUGUUGCCUCA